AUGUCGGCCGAGGCAGACGACAUGGAAAUCCCUGUCGUGGUUUCUGAUCUUCCAUCGACAGUCCUAACCGAAGAACUCAUAUCAGAUUAUGUAGAAUACUUAAAAGUAGACAGUUCUCAAGAGGAGAAACGAUUUUCUGAGAGUAUUGAUGAAAUGCUAACAAAAUUAGAUGAAUUCUGUGGCCUUGUUGACAUGAUUCGAGGUGACAGCACUUUGUGUUUAUAUAAGACAUUACCAGAAAUCUCAAUGAAGGCAGCUGAAAUGCAGAAAGUCUUUGAUAAGAUAGAUCAACUUGAGGCUUUUGUGUCGAUUGUUUCCAAGAAUGUUCACAUGAUGGAGGAACACGUGAAUAAAGCAGAAGCUAAAAUGGGAUCCUUGAGUGGAAUUAAAAAAAUGAUUACUUCACUUGUCAGUCCGAAACACAGUGCAGCUCGGUCAAGAACCAAUUCAAGAACAGAUAACUUUCAACCUCCAGAAAUCUUUAGCACUUCGGAAUAUUUUCCAAAGCAACCUUAA